AUGAUAACCAACUUUACCCCUCUCACUCUAUCUCCAAUUCUCAAUCCAUUACCUCCUCACCCCCAACCCGAAACCCUAAUCUCUUCCCUUACCUCCUUCGCAUCCUCUUCUUUCCACAAGCUUGAUUUACUCCACCAACUCACUAGACUCGUCAAGCACGACUCACUCUUUCGUGGCCAUCACCGACUCAAAAAUUGUCUUGCCGUGUUACUCUCCUGGGUUGAGUCCCACGACCACGAUUCCCUUCGUACUCUUUCUUUGCUUCUCAAUCUUAGCCUCGACGAUCACAACAAGAUUGGACUCGUUGCUAAGAGAGUCGUUACUCGUCUUGUUGUCAUCGUCUCCGGGACCGCUGUUAAAAAUCCAUUCUCAGAUUGUCGCGCCCUUGUAAGGAAGCUGCAACGACCGUUUAUGCUCUCUGCUAGUUGUUGA